GCGUGCUCAGCUCAGCGGAGCGCAGCCACGUUCAAGUCUACUGUAGCACAGUCUGACACUGCAUUUCGCUUCAUCAUGCACGAGCGACGGGAAGCGGGGUCGCUGAGCUCGUGGCGCCGAGGCCAACAACUCCUUCAUGAGGAAGAGCCCUGGAGCUGGGAACAAGACGAUGUCCGCGGAGACUGGAAAUUUGUGCGGCCUCCACUCCUUCAAGUUCAGCGGCUUGGCCAACAAGCAGGUGGUGGGGCUCGCCUCCACCAAGAACGGCAAGAAGGAGAACAUCAUUCUGACAACUCGCCACAAGAAAGAGUCGAAGUCCAACGUGCCCAAGUCUCUGUACCUCGAGAAGGGCAUCAAGAAGGCCCCCAAGAAGGGCGCGGCACAGCUGGAGAAGGCGCUGGGCGCGGGCCACUACCGCAAGGACCUCCUCGACCUUGCGCUGGCCAAGUACGCCAAGAUCAAUACCUCCUUCAAGAAGAAGAAGCUUACCGUGAAGUCGCGCCGCGCGGCGUGAUCAGGCUUAAACGGGGAUGCCGUUGGAGCGAAGUGAGGAGUGGGGCCCCGCGACCCGCCUGGCUGGCGGCUGCCUCGCGAGAGGGCGGCCUCGCGGCCAGGGGCGGCAGCCUCGGCUGCCUCGCUGCGGGCGGGGGGCGACCGCGCGGCUGCCGCGCGGCUGCCAGGUGCGGGAAAUGCGUGUGCAGUGCAGGGCAGAGUGCAAGGUCUCGUUGGAGUGCCGUACCGAGAGGCGCUCCUGCAUGUUUGAUGCUCCCCAGAAAUUGUCG